AUGGCUGAGGACGGGUUGAGGAGGGCGAAGACACGGCAUCGCAAACAUGAUGACACCGACACAUCCAAGUCACGCAAAAGAUCCGAGGAUGACAAGGAUACCGCCACGACGAAAUCUCCCGCCGCCACCACCGACCGUCCUGCCGAUAUUCUUGCGCUUCGAGAAGCCAGGCUCGCAUAUAUAGCGAAAGAUCCCGAGGAGAAAAGGAAAGACAUGAAGUACGAAUAUGUGAAGCGUUCAACGACGGUAGCGCAGGCGGGCGACAAGAAGGAGAGGCGGCCCGGGAUUGCGCAGGCCCUUCCAGACGGUCGAGAUGUUCGAAAACCUGAGCGACGGGCGACCAAGCGGACAGAUACAAGUCGUAGGCAGGCACGCCAGGAUGGCGAUGACGAUGGCUAUGUAUAUAGCCGGUCAGAAAGAGCGCCAGCCAGAGACGCGGCACGGAGCAAUGCCCCUAAGCGGAAAACAACCACCGUGGAUGCCAGUCCCAGGAAAGCUGAAGAGAGACGGACGGCUCCAGAGCGACGGCACACAGCGCCCGCGAGACGGAAGGUAGUGUACAACUUUGACGAAGAAUGUACGGACCAACCCAAGCCACCACCACGUCGGGACUCCAGUGUGGUUGAGAAAUCGCAUCGCCCCGAGAUCAAGAGGAGUGCAACAACCACAAAGGCCAAGACUGAGGUGAGCGCAGCGAAAGCGUCAGAAGCCACAGCAGCAACGAGGAGAACAUCCACUCUGUUCGGUGGGAUCUUGCCUCCCAAACCCGCGCCGCAGAAGAAAGUAUCCUGCCUGACAUGCGGCGCCGACGACAUCCCGAUCGCUCGAGCCGCCCUCCUUCCCUGCAAACAUCGGAUGUGCAACUCCUGCCUCAAGCGCAUCUUCACCAUGUCCGUUACCGACCCGGCGCAUAUGCCUCCACGGUGCUGUACAGACCAGCAUAUCGACCUCAAGCACGUGGAGAAGCUCUUCGAUGACAAGUUCAAAGUGUUGUGGAAUCGGAAGUUCCAGGAAUACAAGACCAAGAACAGAAUAUAUUGCCCGGGUCGGAAAUGCGGCGCCUGGAUCAAACCACACUACAUCGCGCUCGAAAACGGCCGCAAGGUUGGACGUUGCAAGCAGUGCAAGCUAAAGGUGUGCGCCAUAUGUUCCCAGAAGAUGCACACGACUCGGGAAUGUCCCAAAGACCCGGAAACGAAGGCUUUCAUCGAGACUGCCAAGGAGCAGGGCUGGCAGAGGUGUUAUAGCUGUCAUGCCAUGGUCGAGCUCAAAGAAGGCUGCAACCACAUGACAUGUCGCUGUACGGCCGAGUUUUGCAUGGUCUGUGGAAUGAAGUGGAAGUCGUGCGACUGCCCUUGGUUCAACUACGAAGCCGUCGAUGCGCAUCUUGGAGAUCCCGUCCGGCAUCAGCAGGAGAUUGAUAGGAGGAGAGACCAGAUAAAUCGAGACGAAGAGCUCGCACGCCGGAUGCAGCAGCUCGGUGUCGCUGCUGACGACGCCGGCGGAGCAUUCGGCCUCGGCAACGGAGCAGAUCAUCACAUGAAUCAGAACUUCAUCCAGCAGGCGAGAGAGGCAUUGACCGCGAACUACGCGCAAGCGAAUCGAGCUGCGCGGGACUUGCUGAACGGGUUCGUCAUGGGCAGAGAGAAUCAGCUGCCUGGUAUGCCCUUGCAGAUGGAUCAGAUGAUGGAAUUGCUCGGCCAAGGGCGCGUGCGAGAUCCCGGGGAGGGAGGAGAUGAGGCAAGAAGACCACGACGGAGAGGUACAGCCAGGCGAAGGACAGCCGCCGCUGACACGCCGGACGAUGGUACAGCGGGUAUGGACCGCCGCGAAGAGAGGCGCAUCCAGGAUUGGGCGAACGAUGUCGGUUGA